AUGGCGGCGGGGGGCGGCGAGGCGGGCUCGGCCGUGCUCGAGCUGCCCCGCGCGCCGCGCCUCGUGUGCGUGGAGCACCCGGGGCUCGUGCGCGACGUGGGCGCCGCGCUCCGCACGCUGGGAGGAGAGCAGGGCGUGUCGCGGAUCUACGCGGACCCCACGAAAAGGCUGGAGCUCUAUUUCCGCCCCCGCGAUCCCUACUGCCACCCUGUCUGCGCCAACCGCUUCCCCACCUCCUCCCUGCUGCUCCGGGUGACCAGGAGGACCAAGAGGCAGCAGCAGCAGGAUGCUGAAAAGCAGACGCAGCCAGAAGUCAAGUUUGAAAUGGAAAUUCUGGGGAUUGUCACAACUGUUUACAAAUUUCAAGGAAUGUCUGACUUCCAGUACCUGGCAGUGCAUUCUGGACCUGACGGCAAACAAAUCUCCAUGUAUGACAAAGUCCUAAUGCUGAAACCGGAGAAAGAAGAAUUUUUCAAUAGGGAGCUACCUCUCUACAUCCCCCCACCAAUUUUCUCCCGCCUGGACACUCCUGUUGACUAUUUUUAUCGGCCAGAUAUACAACACCGGGAUGGAUACAACAACCCUCAAGUAUCCGGUGAGAACCUGAUUGGCCUCAGCAGAGCCCGGCGCCCGCACAACGCGAUCUUUGUGAACUUUGAUGAUGAAGAAAUCCCAGCUAAACCACUGGAUGCUGCUGUACAGACCUGGAAGAAAGUGUGCACCAAUCCUGUGGAUAGAAAGGUGGAGGAAGAGCUGCGAAAGCUCUUUGAAGUUCGUCCUGUCUGGUCUCGGAAUGCAGUAAAGGCCAAUAUCAGUGUUCAUCCCGACAAGCUGAAACUUCUCUUGCCAUAUUUGGCCUAUUACAUGCUAACAGGUCCCUGGAGAAGCUUAUGGGUUAGGUUUGGGUAUGACCCCAGAAAACACCCUGAAGCAAAAAUUUAUCAAGUCCUGGAUUUCCGAAUUCGCUGUGGAAUGAAAUACGGUUAUGCCCCUAAUGAUAUGCCAGUGAAAGCAAAACGCAGCACAUACAACUACAGCCUGCCCAUCACUGUCAAAAAGCCAGUGAGUCACACAGUCAGUAUACAUGAUCUGAAACAAGGACUUGGUACUUCUGCAGCAUCCACUUCAAAAAAGCCUGCCUCCAGCAGGUACAAACUGAAGGAAUCUAUCUACAUUUUCCGAGAAGGAGCCUUACCACCUUAUCGGCAGAUGUUCUACCAGCUCUGUGACUUGAAUGUGGAAAGCUUACAGAAAAUCAUCCGUCGAAAUGAUGGUGCAGAGUCGGAAUGCACAGAGCGGGAUGGGUGGUGCCUCCCAAAGACGAGUGAUGAUCUGCGAGAUUCCAUGUCUCUGAUGAUAAAGCAGAUUAUCAGAUCCACAAGACCUGCUCUUUUCUCAAGUACAACAAGCAGUGAAGAUGGCAAAGAGCAGCUGACUUAUGAAUCUGGAGAGGAUGAGGAUGAUGAAGAGGAAGAGGAGGAGGACUUCAAGCCUUCUGAUGGGAGUGAAAAUGAAAUGGAAACAGAAAUUCUGGACUACGUAUGAAUACAGUGAGCGGUCUUGCCACAAUGGGAUAGACUCUUCUGCUUCUUUUCUCAAGUGCUGAGGGAUUAGCAGCCAUGCACUGGAUGUGGAAAAGCAAAAAUUGCACUAAGAUGCCAUCUACUCAUCUGAUCCUGAAUGUGGUGCCUGUUGAUGGCCAUCAUUCUGGAUGGUGCCUACAUUUUUUGUAAGUGCUGGCCAAAAACCCCUCAUAAAACCAACAGCAUGGGGAUACUGUUUUCUUGCCAGGCUCCAGCUGGCACUUACUGUUGCAGCUCUUGCUAAUUCAAGGGAGGUCAGUGGUCCUUCAUUUGCUCUGUUUCCCUGGCUGUUACGCAAUGGUGUUUUUAUUGUCCUCCUCAAAUAAACUGCAGCUUCAAUAUGCACUCAGAAGAAGGAUGAGCUGUUCUUGGGCAACUAUGGUGGCUGGGCUCCUCAGUUAGGACUCACUGUCACAUUUGCUUCUUUGUUCCAGUGUAUGAGAUUCAGCCAUUACCUCAACUGUAAUUAGGCAGCAUUCAGCUGAUUAAGCUUGGGAGACCACACAAUUCUUGGAUCUGUCAUCUGGGUCAACUGGUAAAAGUAUGAAUAAAAUUAACUCCUUGAGGAGAACUGUAGGAAUUAGUUCACUGCUGACACUUCAUCAAGAGGCUCUGA